GAGGGCUACGGGCGAGAUCCGUGUCGAGCAAAGCGGAGGCGGAGCCGCAAGAGCAGCCGCCCGCCGUGGACGAUGAGAAGGUCUUUGAUGAUUGGUUCGACACGACCGAUGCCACCAGCGGAGGAGUCUUUUGGCUUUGGCUUCUCCCGGUCUCCGCGGUCCUUUUCUAUGUCUACCUCGACCUCAUCUACGGCGAGAAGUGCGUCAAUCAGUAUCUGAAUGCGAGCGGUGCCUUUUGCUACCAGACUGAGCUGCCCUCCGCGCUGUCUAAGCUCGCCAGUGCAUGA